AUGGCCUCUAACUCCAUCGGAGCUCUGGUUCUUCUUAACUAUUUGAGGUCAUCAAAGGAAGCUGAAGAAGUUUCCAAAGAGAUCAAGACAUCUGGACGUGAGGCUCUUACUUUUAGGGGCAAUGUUUCAAAUCAAGAAGAUGUAGAAUCAAUGGUUAAAAGUGUUGUUGAUGCUUGGGGAACCAUUGAUGUGUUGAUAAAUAAUGCAGGAGUAGUACGUGAUGGAUUGCUGAUGUGAAUGAUGUCUCAAUGGCAAGAGGUUAUCGAUUUAAAUCUCACUGGAGUAUUUCUAUGCACUCAUGCUGCAACCAAAUUUAUGAUGAAAAAUAGAAAGGGAAGAAUAAUCAACAUAGCAUCUGUUGCUGGCCUGGUUGGCAAUGCUGGACAAGCCAAUUAUAGUGCUGCAAAAGCAGGAGUUAUUGGCUUCACAAAAAGCAUUGCAAAGGAAGAUGCCUGCAGAAAUAUCAAUGUUUCUUCUAAGGCUUUCUUCUCAACCUUAAUUUGCAUGGCGAUAUGGACGGCCGGAAGAAGUUGCUGGAAUAGUGGAAUACUUAUUAGCACUUCAUCGUUCUGCCAGUUACAUUACUGGACAGGUGUUUACCAUCGAUGGAGGAAUGGUUAUGUAAAUGAUUGAUAAUCAGGAAUCCCCUUUUUGGCGGCUACCUUACAAAGAGUUUGCAUCAAAAUUCUGGUUUCGAGUUCACUGUAUGUGCGAUUUAUUUUCCAGGGUAAUGCAUAGAUAUUAGAUUGUAUGUAUAGGAUUAGUUUAUAGCAGCAUCUAGAAAACAGAUAGCUUCAUUUAUGGUUUCUGUAUCAAGAAGGCGGUACUUGUCAGUUUUCUUCAGGAUUCCAUUAGGGUAAUGUCGGCUGGUCUCUUUUCUUUCUUUGACAUUCGAACGUUGAAUAAAUGUGAUUUAAACUGAAUAUGAUCUAAUUCCAACAAUAUGAAGAUCAGAGUUUCAUCAUUCA